AUGAAAUUUAAUAAUGGUAGAGAAAUAGUAAUAAGAAGAGUAUUAACACCCAGACCGGUAAUACCAAGACCAUGUUCCAUCUGUGGAUCUGUAGCUAGGACAGGUUUGAGAAUAUAUUGGGUAGAAAGGGGACGUGUCUCAAACCGAACAACUCUAUACAGUAGUGCAAAUGUCCUAAUCAGUUUCCUAAAUAGUUUUGCUGACCAAAUCAUCAAUGAAGUUCAUUAUGCCUUUAAUUUAAAUGCAGCAACACUUAGUGGUGCAAUUGAUAUAUUGGUAAUCCUGCAACUAGAUGGCUCAUUGAAAUGCACUCCUUUCAUGUUAGAUUUGGUAAAUUACAAUUAA